AACGCGAGCUGUAACGACGACACGGAAGCCGUCGCAGAACCGAUUCGCUCCUAUCCGUCGUAAAUGAACAGUUGGGCUAAAUUGAACACAGCAGAGCCUCCGGUUUGGCUCCAUAAACUUUGCACAGCUCAGAUAUCUCUGAUGCCGUCCCGCGUCGAUGGUUCGCCUACAUUACAUGUUCUGAAUCCUAGAGACAUUUACCCUUCGUGGGAAAAAAAGCUGUCGGUUGACCUCCUGUCCCUGCGCGCGGUUUAUCAAAUGAUCCAGGCAUGGAGGCCAAAAGAUACCAAAGUUUUUUCGAAGGUACAGACACAGAAGGCACAUGGAUCCAGCAGCCAGGGUGUGUGGAACACCACAGUACCACAGCAGCAGAGGGAGGUGUCGUGAGCAGCGAGGUUCCCAUGGAAGUCGUGAACCCGAGCGUCCUGCCUAAUGACCCGCCCACCCCUGGACAGAAGGUUGAGACUGUGAUGCCACUCCUUCGACACAACCCAAACCAGCCGCUCAGCUUCCCCGUGUUCAAGGGCCCCCUGCACAGCCGCAAGCCAGAGACAGACUCAAAAGAACUGGCCAAAACCGUCGCUGAGUCAAUGGGCCUGUAUAUGAAUGCGGCCCGGGAGGCAGAGUUCCCCUUCGGCCAGCAGGGUCUCCCGGCAGGGUGCCAGGGUAGUCCUGGGAAACUGUACCCUCUGUGUGGCAGAGGAACCGAGGACAAUCAGUCAGGGGCUGCAGCGAGCCCCAGCAUGAAACCGCCCUCCACAUUCCCAGGCCUGUCCCAGCUGACCAAUGGCAGCGCUGCGGAGUGUGUGGUAGGCUCCGCCCCAGCACCCUCCGCCUUGGCCACGGCUCUGUCCAGCCCGACCGAAAACUCCAACUCCAGCCCCAUUGGAAACAACAUGGUGACUUCCACCUCUAGUCCCACCUAUUUUGGCACCAGUUGCCCUUCCCUAGCCAGCCCGGUCAGCCUGGGUCCGGUUGGUUCCGGCUUGGGUCUGGGUCACCGCACCAACUACAGUCCCUUGGAAUCAAGCACAGUGGGCUCCCCGCCACUGACCAGCCCCCACAAUGUGAUGAAGUCUCCCAUGUCCAGCCCCCAGAGCAUGGGAAGUGUGAGGACUCCCCCGUCCUGCAGUGCCAACGUGAGGUCGUCUGUGUCCAGCCCGCUCACUGCAGUCUCCAUGGCCACGUCCAGUCCCAGGAAUCCGUCCAGGAGCUUCUCUGUGUCCAGCCCUCCCAGCGGACUGGGCCUGGUGCAGAAUGACAUUCACAGCCCCGAGGUCCAUGAGCAGGACUUCAAAGGCUUUGAGUUCCCCAAAGUGGAGGGCAUGGAUGGGGAGAUGUUCAACAUAGGCCUGGACUCAAUGGGGAUGGUCAAAUACAUCAAGAACGAGCCAGACACCAAUUACCGGAGCAUGUGUCUGGGCAGCAGUGACAGCAACAUGCCGCAUUCACCAUUCACAUCUCAGAUUAAGACUGAGCCUGGCAGAGACCUGCCGUGCAUGAACGCGCACCACAGUGAACCCCAGCACCCCGUGGGGCUCUUUCCAGCCACAGAGACGACAUACUUGUCUUUGAGGGAUAAUAUCGAUGAAUAUAGUCUCUCAGGGAUCCUGGGACCUCCUGUUUCUUCUCUUAAUGGCGAUUACGAGCCUGGUGUCUGUCCUAACAAUGGCCUGCCCAAGAGGAUUAAACAGGAGAUCAGUGAUGGCAGCUAUUACCAAGAGAGUAACAACACACCCACGUCGGCUAUUGUCGGGGUUAAUUCAGGAGGACACUCAUUUCAUUACCAGAUUGGAGCGCAAGGAACAAUGUCGUUUUCACGGCACGAUGUGCGGGACCAGACGAACCCCUUGUUGAAUCUAAUUUCUCCAGUUACGGCGUUAAUGGAGACGUGGAAAACACGUCCUGGCGUGUCCCAGGGUGCCCUGUCCACCCGUGGGGACGGAUUCCCGGGCCCUGGCUGUCUCUCCGACAACAUGGCAAGCGGGACGCUGAGACAUUCGUCCUCCACAGCUAAAGUCUGCCUGGUGUGUGGCGACGAGGCAUCUGGGUGCCACUACGGUGUCGUCACGUGUGGGAGCUGCAAAGUCUUCUUCAAAAGAGCAGUGGAAGGCCAACACAACUACCUAUGUGCUGGGAGAAAUGACUGCAUCAUUGACAAGAUCCGGCGGAAGAACUGUCCUGCAUGCAGGGUGCGGAAGUGUCUCCAAGCAGGGAUGAAUCUGGGAGCACGGAAGUCCAAGAAGUUGGGUAAGCUGAAGACGGUGAGCGAGGACUCGUCUCAGCAGGGCCCCAAAGACGCGCCGUCAUUCCUCGGUUCAGAGAAGGAGCUAAACUCCGCCAUGGCACUGGUUCCCCACGGCGCCGGGGUCAUGCCCUACCUGUCUCCUUCCGUGUGCAGCAUCCUGGAACUCAUUGAGCCAGAGAUGGUGUUUGCCGGCUACGACAACACGCAGCCCGACACGACUGAUCACCUGCUCUCCAGUCUCAACAAGCUCGCCGGAAAACAGAUGAUCCGCGUGGUCAAGUGGGCCAAAGUACUUCCAGGUUUCCGUUCUUUGCCGAUUGAGGACCAGAUCACCCUGAUCCAGUACUCCUGGAUGUGUCUCUCGUCCUUCUCGCUCAGCUGGAGAUCCUACAAACACACCAACGCCCAGAUGCUGUACUUCGCACCGGACCUCGUCUUCAACGAGGAGAGAAUGCAGCAGUCAGCCAUGUAUGACCUGUGCAUCGGCAUGAAACAGGUCAGUCAGGAGUUUGUGCGCCUGCAGCUCACCUAUGAAGAGUUCCUCGCCAUGAAGGUGCUGCUUCUCCUCAGCACAGUGCCCAAAGAUGGUCUGAAGAACCAGGCGGCAUUUGAGGAGAUGAGGGUGAACUACAUUAAGGAGCUCCGUCGCUGUGUGGGAAAAGCGACCAACAACUCAGGCCAGACCUGGCAGCGUUUCUUCCAGCUCACCAAGCUACUGGAUGCCAUGCACGAUCUUGUGGGGAACCUGUUGGACUUCUGCUUCUACACCUUCCGUGAGUCACACGCUCUGAAGGUGGAGUUUCCUGAGAUGUUGGUGGAGAUUAUCAGUGACCAGAUACCAAAGGUGGAGUCAGGCCUCACACACAUAAUUUACUUUCACAAGAAGUGACUGACAGCAGGCAGGAGGACGAAAACAAACAACAGAUGAAAGAGAAGAGAGGAUACCCAGCCCUCUGCGAGAGAGAGAGAGAGAGAGAGAGAGGGAUGGAUGGAUGGAGAAAGAGGCCUGUUAGCCAGUGGGUCUGCUGUGCACACAGUCAGGCAUGACAAGUGGCUGGGAAAUGAUGCCAUCAGACCUGCACGGUGCGGGACAUGCCACCAGACCCGCACGCCAAGCCGGUGGAGGCCAGAUGGCAGCGCUGGCCGACCGAAGAAAACUUCUUGUGUUUAUUUCUCCUUGCCCCCAAAAACACUGCUGACAAUGUUCCUUUUGUGGAUAUGAAGCCAUACAGUUCUUUGGUAAAGCUAUAGUACACAGGUACAAGUGUAGAAACACUACUCAAACACUACAUGCGCGAGAGAGCACAAGACAGAGAGUAGUGACCUUUCAUCUUAAUACAUACAAUCUGCAGUUAAUUACUAAAGCAUUUAUGGUAUUUAACUGAUCUGAACUCUACACAUUCUUAUUCUUUGAGGAAAAAAAAACAACAACUAUUUGCUGUUUAUAUCAUGUUUCUGUAGCAACCAUGCUAAUUUCAUUACCAGAGAAUUUUUUGGACAAAGAGGAGCAAGAGAAGACUUAUUCCAAGGGCUACGCUACCUGAGACCUGAACAGCGUGUGUAUUUGGUGAACAGCGUGUAUAUUUAGUGAACAGCGUGUGUAUUCGGUGUGCAUUCAAACACACGACAUUUCUUCUUAUUAUUUUAAAGAAAGAACAAUCAAAUCUAAACCUAUAUGCAAAAUACGAAUACAUUCUUAUUUAAAAAUGAGAAUCUUUUUCUUGUUGAUUAACAUGGUGUAUGGUAUGGUAGAUGUUUGGGUACGGUGAAGUCCCUUUUUUAAGUCCAAAUGGAUAGAAAAAAAAUGUCCGUGCGUUUCUGAAACCAGUUCAGGACACUAAUACCACAGAGCUGAAUGAAAACAGAUGGGCUUUUUGAUAACCUUGAUGUAAUCAUGACCAACAUGCCACCAUUCCAGCUAAUGUGAGGCGGUUUGAACACGUAGAAGGAGCAAAGAGUCGCGUGACAGAGAGCAGAGUCUGUCUCUGAAAGAGAGUUUGACAGAAGUGGAUUUGUGUGCUUUAACUGACACUAAGUUCUAAUAACAAACACAUUUUUACUAAGAUUCCAGUCCUAUGUUAUCACAAGUAAAACCUACGAUAAAUAUUUCUUUCAGAUAUUGGUGUAUUUAUCUUUCUGAGCUAGAUAGAAAGGUAGAGAGGUUAUUAGUAUACAUUGUACAAACCAAUAUGUGCAUUUGCGAUACAAUAUAUACAACAGCUUCUCAUGUUCUUGUCCUGCCCACUAGGACAGACACGCCUAGACUGAUAGUCCGUCCUGGGUUCAGUCUGAAACUGCUUCCUUCUGAGUAGUUUGUGUGAAUGCCAAACACUAAAAGCAUCUUAGAAAGUAGCUGCUCAGUGACGGGGUCUGUUAACACGACGUCACAGAGCGCAUCUCAAAUGAGGCAGUCUGUCUUCAGCUCAGUCUGCUGCUGUCCGGGACCAAUGGGAAUGAUCGGAGUGUGUACGUCCACAGCCCUAAGGAAAGUAGAUCCAGACUGGACUAUGGAGAGGACAUGCUGGUUGGCACGGCAACACAGGAUAGGUAGCUAGACUCACACAUGCCAUAUUUUAGUGUGAAAAGCUGCAAGUAAGGAUAAUCCUAUCCAAUCAUAACUACAGUGACUAAACCAGCUCCCUUGUAAUGAAAUUUCCAAAAAAAAGAAAAAAUUAAAAAAUAAAGCAUUUUUUAAAAGUGUGUAAUGAAGUUUUUUAAGAGCCGUUCUAGAUGGAUCUACCAGGUGCUUCUCUUUUUCCUAAAAAUAAGGUAUAAGUUUUCAGUAGCCGCACAUGUACAGUUAGUUAUGAGUAAAGGUCUCUGCUUUUAUAUGGGAAACAUGAUGACAAUAAUAAAACCUACAGUAGCCUGCUGUGUUUUCAGCUUAGAGGGAAUGAAUGAAUGAAUAAAUAAAUAAAUAUAUAUAUAUAUAUAUAUAUAUAAUAUAUAUACACACACACACACACACACACACACGUAAACUGGCAGAAAUAUCUGUUGCUUAUAUAUAGUCAUAUUUUACACAAAUGUUGUACAGAGGAAGAUUAAAUUAACAGAAAUUUAGGGACUCAUCUUUUAAUUCUACGUUUUCAGAGAAUUCUAGGGAAAAAAACGACUCUUUGGACCACUAAUGUUUUAAUAAAUGACUUUAUUGGUGAAAUGUGGACAGUCACACAAUUGCUACUGACGGAUGUGACGGUGACAUCCUGCUGUUGGACGAGUGAAGGAGUCUGCCGGUGUUGGCGUGAUGGUACGGUCCCUUGCCCCCCCUGUUCACGCCUGUUUUGGUUUUGUAUGUGAUAUGUUCCUCCCCUGAGCUCUAGCAGGCACUUGCAGAGCUGACCAGCUCCUUGAGAGGGCAUUGUGUGUUUGGUUCGGGUAAGGGUCAAGCCGUCAGCAGGCUUCGAUUUGCACGGAAGAUGAUAAUGUGAUGACGGAUGUCGGCCGGGCGGCGUGUGUCUGGUCGAGCGGCUAACGGGAGGUGGGGAGGUGUGGUGCGGCUGGACUGCAGGCGCACAGAUAUUGGGCUGUGUGUGUAGUUGUUGGUUUAGCGUACAUGAGCAUUAUAGAUGUGUAUAAUUAUGAUGAGGCAGUACUGUACAGAGGAGGUUCAGUACACCCAAGUAAUCUGUUUCUCCACUACUGGGUUACUUGUAAUCUAUUCUGUGUUGAAGUUCAUAAAAGACCUGAAAAUAAAUUCAAAAUAUUUUCUCCUUU